AAUUUUAGCCAAGUAAAGGUACUUUUACUUAAUUACAAUUUUUCAGUACUUUUUCCACCUCUGAAUAAGGCAUCUCGGGGAGUGUGUCUGCAGAGAGGAGGUGUGUCCAUGGAGCGACCUGAGUCUUUAAUUUGCAGAGGUUUCAUCUGUCAUGUCAUCUGCUGGUGUUGGUCCACUGUGUAAAGAUGUGGGUUUCAUUUUCCAGCAGGAUUUUCUGUUUUUAGUGGCUGUAAGCCAUAGCCAUCAACAGUAAAAUAAUUAAAUGCUUAAAAUAGAUCACUCUAUGUUUAAUACAUUUAUAUAAUAUAUGAGUUUCACAUUUUUAACUGAGUUAGUGAAAUAAAGUAACUUUUCAAUGAUAUUCAUUUUUUUUGAGAUGCACUACUAUACUUCAGACAGUAGUCUCGCUCAACACUCCAGUUCAGUAGGUGGCAGUAAUGCUCUUUAAUUGCUUAACAAGUAGAAGAAGAAGAAGAAUACUCCAGUGAAGCACCUCGCCUCAGUAGGAGAAGAAACAAAGAGCAUGAUGGAACAUGAUGAGGUACAAAUGAGGUACACCUCAUUUUAAUGAGGAAAUUCAAAGUUUACAUUUGUUCAACAUUUCUACAAAUGUUAAGACGUUAAAUGUGACAAUAUGGCGUCAAACAGCUGCGAAACUCUACAACCAGACUCUAUUCAACAAACUCAAAGCGACACAGAGAAGAAACUCUUCAACUGCUUAGAGUGUGGCAGGGGUUUUAAAUCGAGAGUUGGCUUCAAAAGCCAUCAGAUCCUUCACACCGGAGAGAAGCCGCAUCGCUGCUCGGAGUGCGGGAAGAGCUUUGCUCAUCGUAACAGCUUCGUAAAGCAUCAGCGCAUUCACACUGGAGAGAGACCGUACGACUGCUCAGAGUGCGGGAAGACUUUUCGCUAUCUGAGUAAUCUCCAAGCGCACCAGCGCCUUCACCUCGGAGAGAAGCCGUAUUCCUGUUUAGAGUGCGGGAAGACGUUUAGCACUGAUGGAAAUCUUCAAACGCACUUGCGCGUUCACACUGGAGAGAAACCGUAUUACUGCACAGUUUGCGGUAAGAGUUUUUCUCAUCACAUUAGCCUCAAAGCUCACCAGCUCCUUCACACAGGAGAGAAACCACAUUGCUGUCCAGAUUGUGGGAGAAGCUUUACAUGGAAGUAUGCUCUGGAAAGACAUCAGCGCAUUCACACUGGAGAAAAACCGUAUGAAUGCUCAGAGUGCGGAAAAAGCUUCACCGAUUUGAGUAAUUUCCAAGCGCACCAGCGCCUUCACACCGGAGACAAGCCUCAUUCCUGUUUAGAGUGCGGAAAAAGAUUCAACACUCAGAAUCAUCUCCAAACUCACCAGCGCGUUCACACUGGAGAGAAACCGUACUCCUGCUCAGAGUGCGGGAUUAGCUUUGCUCAGCGUAUUAAUCUCAGAAACCACCAGAGAAUUCACACUGGAGAGAAACCGUUCUCCUGCUCAGACUGUGGGAAGAGCUUUAACAGCCAGAGUAGCCUCAUACAGCACCGGCGCACUCACACAGACGGAACGUACAUCUGCUCAGAGUGUGGGAAGACUUUUACCAUGCACCGUAAUCUCAGAAAGCACCAGCGCCUUCAUACAGGAGAUAAACCGUUCUGCUGCUCAGAGUGCGGGAAGAGCUUUCGUCAGCGAUGCCAGCUCCAAAAACACCAGCGAAUUCACACCGGAGAGAAACCGUACUUGUGCCCGGAGUGUGGGAAGAGCUUUACACAGUUAAAAUCCAUCAACCAACACAAAUGCCGUAGAAGUACUAAUGAACUCACCUUGAGGUGCAAGGACUUUAAAUGUGACAAUAUGGCGUCUAACAUCUGUGAGACUCUCCAAUCAAACCCUGUUGAACAAAUACAACAGAUACAGAACGAUGGUGAGAAAAAGAAGGCUGUUCAGUGCUCUGAGUGUGGAAAGAGCUUCACUACGCAAAUCGGCCUCAAAAAUCACCAACUCCUCCACACUGGAGAGAAGCCCUAUAGCUGCUCAGAGUGUGGGAAGAGCUUUGCUCAACAAAACAGCCUCAAAAACCACCAGCUCGUUCACACAGGAGAGAAACUGUACAGCUGCUUAGAGUGUGGGAAGAGCUUUACGCGAAAGUACGUCCUCGAGCGACACCAGCUCGUUCACACUGGAGAAAAGCCGUACGAGUGCCUGGAAUGUGGGCGAAGCUUUCGUCACCUGAAUAAUUUCCAAGCUCACCAGCGCCUUCAUGCAGGAGAUAAACCGUAUUCCUGCUUAGAGUGCGGGAAAAGGUUUAAUAUCCAGAAUCAUCUCCAAACUCACCUUCGUGUUCACACUGGAGAGAAACCGUAUUACUGCUCAGAGUGUGGGAAGAGCUUUGUUCAGCAUAUUCAUCUCCAAAACCACCAGAGAAUUCACACUGGAGAGAAACCGUUCUCCUGCUCAGACUGUGGGAAGAGUUUUAAUAAUCAGGGAACUCUACAAACUCAUCAGCACACUCACUCUGGAGAGAAAUAUAUCUGCUCAGAGUGUGGGAGGAGCUUUACUCUACCUAGUAAUCUCAGAAAGCACCAGCGUCUUCAUACAGGAGAUAAACCGUUCUGCUGCUCGGAGUGUGGGAAGAGUUUCCGCCAACACUGUCAACUCCAAGCACACCAGAGAAUUCACACCGGAGAGAAACCGUAUUCCUGCACUGAGUGUGGGAAGAGCUUCAGGCAGAUAGGCUCUGUUAAAGCACACAAAUGCAGUAGGAACACUAAUGAAGUCAAAUCAAGUCAAGUGAAGUAGUUUUUUAUUGCUAAUACAGCAUAUCGUCACUGUCCAAUGAAAAACAAGUAUCUUCAUUGUGGACGAUUUUUAAUUUACUACAUAUUUUAAACAGACAAACUAUUUAUUACACUGUGCCAAUAUUUCUUGAUGAACGGACCAAUAGAAAUACUUCAGAAUUACCUGAGAUAAACUCUUUUUACUUUGACUUCCUUGAAAUCUCAGAAGGUGCCAGUGCCUUCAGUAGAGUAGGUGGAAUUAAAGUGGCUAUGACAAUGCAAGUAAGUAUAAUCAGUGGUGCAGGUAUGAGGCGUGUGAGUGCAUAUCAGUUCUGAACUUCUACUACUACUACUGCAAAUUUGUUGUAAUAUUUAUUGUACUCACAAUAAUUUUAUACAUGUGUAAUUCUGCUAAUAAAAACAGUUUUUAUUAUUGUUUAUUAA